AUGCGUAGGGAAAGCUGUAGAAGUUUCGAUCUCUCCGAGGAGGAACAACAGGGGAAAACGUUUCAGUUUGCGCGAUUCAUUGACAUGGAAGAUGGUAGGUUGUUCGCGGUCAAGCUCGACAACAUAAUGAUAGCAGAGAGGAAGAUUCACGCCAAUCUUCCUCGUUUCCAAAGGGGGUCGUUAGGUGGUGUUUCGGGGUUCACAACCCAGCGAGGCGACGGAGGGGAUGCAAAAGGGGUUAAGGAGGCGGAGGUGAGGAGUCGCAGAGAUGGUCAGGCUUCCAGGAGGGGUCACAGAUCUUUUGCGGAGGUGGUUGGGGGAGGUUUGGGUAUAUCAGUUGUUCCUGGGGAUCUGUCCUCUUCUUUGUGUUUCAAGUCUGAGGAUGAAGACAAGAAGAGGUUCCUGAAAGCUUAUGUUGGGAGAGUCCUAAUCCCAAGGUCAGCUUACAAUUUACAAUCCUACUUGGAGAUGGAGGGUGUUUAUGUUAUGAGGGUCACUUCGUUGGGAGGGGAUGUCUGUUUGUUGGAGGAUAGGGAGGCGGCUUUUAUCGAAGAUUUGAUCGCAGAAGGUGAAUCAUGGUGGAAAAGUUGGUUCUCCGAUAUUAAGAAGUGGGAGGAGGGAAUGAUUGGAGAGAGUAGGGACGUUUGGCUGAGAAUUUUUGGUAUUCCUGCUCAUGUAUGGAAGUCUAAUUUCUUUGUGGCUUUAGCGGAGGUGUGGGGGAAGUUCAUAUGCGUGGACGAGAGAACUGCGAAAGGUGAUGUUUUUGAUGUAGCAAGGAUAAUGGUAAAGAUUAACUUUGAUCUAUUAAUCCCUGAAUUUUUCCAUGUUAACAUCAAUGGUAAGUUGUUCAAAUUGGUGGUUCGAGAGGAUGCUCUAGGGCUGUUUCGUAGUAGUAUUGAGCCGUCGGGUAUCGUGGAUUCUGAUUCUUCAUCUGCAGAAACCGAUAGAAUAUGGCAGGAUGGUAAUGGUGCUGAAGAUGAGGAUCUUGUUACACAAAUCUCAAACGACUCCAUUCAACAGUUUUCUUCGAAGGGUAGUUUGAACAAUGGUGGAGGUGUUCAGCUCUGUGAUCCAGAAGUUAAAAUUAAGGGAGGAACGGUGGAUAGUCAAGUCUCAUCUUCGAUUCCGGUUGCUAAUAGCCCUGCCGAUGGGAAGGAUACUGAGUUUGGAAGCUUCGAUUAG